UUUUUAAUUCAUUAAGUUGUCAUGGAGCAAGAGGAACUUGUUGACUGUGAUCCUGGUGAAUAUAUAAUUCUUUCUGAUCAAAUAAGCCUUCUCGAAACGCUAAUUCAAAACCAUGCAAUUUUACGUGCUGAAAUUCCUCAGUGUCUACUAAUAAAAACCGAGCUUGAUAAUAAUUAUGAAAACUUCAACAACCUAUCAGGUAAUUUAAAAAGCAAAUUAGAAUCAUUGAUAAUAUUGGCAGGACGUUUACCAGUCAAUGAGAGAAAAAGAAUAAUAAUUUUUACUGAAAAAAUAAAAUAUUCAUGGAAACAAAUGGCUAAAAAGCUAACAGAUGAACAUGCUGGUUUUUUCGUUGCUAGUAAAACAAAUUAUGGAUUACCAUUGACAUCAUUAAUGAAUACAAUUAAAAAUGAAACAUCUGCUGUACAAAUAUCACUAGUUAUUGGUGAAGAAUUAUACGACAAAGAAUAUAUUAUUAAAGGUAAAAUAUAUUGCAAUGAAAUAAAUCAUUUAUUAAAUAAAAUGAAUGGAUGUGAUGAAAAAGUACAACAGUAUUUAAUAAUGCCAAAAUUGAGUAUUCAUAUUCAAGAGCUUGAUUCAAUGAUUGAAAUAUUUGCAUCACGUACAAAUUUAUUAUCAUUAAAACAUAAACAAUGCAAUGAUUUUAAUAGUGUUUUUACAUCUUUAUCUGGUUUAUUAACUGGUGAAAUUUAUGGCUGGUUACCAGUUGAUCCAAGAAUAAUAAAAACACAAAAUAGUAAAAAUAAUAAAUCAGUUGUUGUUACUAAAAAUAAUCGUCGUACACAAAUUAAAAGUUUACGACAUUUACCAUUAUUUCAUUGACGAAAAAAAAGAAUACUUGUUAAUUGUUUAAUUAUUUUAACAAUUAUAUAUUUAAUUGUAUUUUGUUUUGUUUAAUUUUUUUUGUAAUAAAUAAUGUUAACUUACUGACAAAUAGUAAAAUUUUAAUGAUCAAUAAAAUAUAUUUUACCAAAAGCAACAUGUUUCUUGAUGAUUACCAGCAU